UCUACUUUAUUUCAUGUGGAAAUAUUGUACUAUUUACACAACUACAUUGGACAGCUAUAGUUUGUAGUGACUUUAAUUGGAUUACAUUCACAUACAAGACACACAUGAAGACAUUAUUAUUGAUUGGAAAAGUUAGGCCACUGAUGCACGAUAGAAAACAUAAACCCUCUGAGGCGCAUGAAGUACCAUAGGUGCAACAGCUUUCCGGUUUGUGCUACCGACUUAAAGAGACAACAAGUUAUAUCAAUACUCAGAGUAGCAUUAGUACACAGUGAGGACUUUUAUUUAUUUAAGGUCAUAACGCUAAUAAUACUUCAGUGCUUGUAAUUGUAAUGGACUUCAUAAGGAAGUAUUUCUACCAUGAAUUUAAAUUUGGACAUCACUAUUUAUACACAAACUGAAACAAGUGGAAAUAUCCUGCUAAACUAAGCUGUCACCACUAGAAGCUGCUACCCCUCUUCUUAAAAAAGAUUAUUAAUAGAUGUUUAAGCCUAGAAAUUGCAGUAAACAUAACAUUUUAGUUACAAGUUACGUCUUUACAGAAAAUACAGGACAGCAACAUUAGAAUGUAAUACCAUGUUACACACAACAAAUACAUGAAUGAAAGAAUAUAAAUAGGCUUUACAAAAAUGUAGCCUACUGUUUUCAGUGCCUUACUGUUCUUAGGUCCAUGUGUCAAUAUAGUGUGGGAUUUCUAUUCUGAGAGUUUGUGUGGUUUCAUUUUUUUAUUACAUUUGCAUGUAUCUUUUUUUAUUUAUGAAAACUUGAACCAGGCAACGUUUUUAAAGAAGUAAUAUAAAUCAUGCUAAUUGAAUACAUAGGCAUUAAGACUCAUAGUUCUAGUAAUGAAUCCGCUCUAGAGACGGCUAAUGCAAAACGUCAUCGAAGUGUCAAAUCGCGUUGUGUCGCCAUGGAAACCUGAAGGAGUGCUCGACUUAGAUUUUUUAAUUUUUUAGAGAUGACCGAGUCAGUAGUAAGAGCUUUGUACGGCAACGCGACGUCUUUAAAUUUGGGUUCCAAAAAACUAAACGUGGUUCCCAAGUGUGUUUCCAGAUUACCAAACUUGUCGGUUCUCCUGUUGAACAACAACUCCAUCAGCGCGCUGCCUGCUGAGCUGCGCUGUCUAAAACACCUGGUGGAGCUGAAUUUGGGGAAUAAUGCAUUGAAGGAGGUUCCUGCUGUUUUGGGCCAUCUGGAGUCUUUGAAGAAACUGUAUCUGUUCAGCAACCAAAUUACAGCAGUGCCACCUGAUGUGAUAGAUGGCUUACAAAAACUUGUUGUGCUAAAUCUAAAUCACAACAAGAUUCGAAGACUUCCACCUGAGAUUAAAAGUUUAACCAGGCUUCGUCACCUCAGUGUGCUGGACAAUAAGCUGGAGGAGGUCCCUGCUGAGCUGGGUCAUCUCACCUGUCUGACUGAAAUAAACUUCACCUCCAAUAAUUUGCCCUCGCUACCAAUGCAGCUGUACCAGUGUAAAAAACUCACUAAAUUGCAUUUAGCCAGAAACAAGCUGACCAGCCUACCAGAGGGAAUCAGGGCACUGACAAAACUCCAAGUUCUGGAUGUAGCCGGCAACAAGUUGUCUAUGUUCCCUGUUGAGUUUGACAGUCUGCGCCUGAAAGAGCUAUACUAUGAGGGCAACAGGUUUGUGCGUUGCGAGCCGAUGUCAUCAGUGCAGGAUGUGGAGGUGCUUAUGUUAAAGGAACUGGUUGCUAGAUUUGUCUUGAAGGAGGACAGGAACAGGUCCUCUCUGGUCCACAGGACACUUCCCCAUUACCCGACCCUGUCUGAGCUGUUGUCCAAUGGCAGCUGCUGUGCGCUCUGCCUGAACCCCUUCCUCACCACCUGGCUGGAGUGUGUGCAUUUUGUUAGUGUGAGGAAGGAGACAAAAAUGAGGAGUUCAAAGACCAUUCCAGUGCGCGCCCUUCUUUGUUCAUACAAGUGCUUUAACACGGAUGGACAUUCCUACUAUGGUGUUGCUACAAGAUAAAGACAAUUAUUAAAAUGGUACACAG